AUACUUCCUUUCUGCAAUUUUCAGCAAAAAUUCCAGUAGAACAAAAACCGAAAAAAAACUCGGAAAAUUUUUGCUGUACAAAAUUUAAGUAACAGACAUCUGAGGAUGCCGAUCAGCCAACAGGAUUUUGGCCGUUUGGUCAGCGCCCCGAGCUGUCGCAUUAACAAGAGCAAUUCGAGCAAUACGUAUCUCAGCUAUUCUGAUCUAGAUCUGGGUGGCAAGUUUUGCGGUGGAGUAUCUCUGAAGGCGGAACCUAGCUGCGAUCACUGGAAGUUCUGCGAGAAGGUGCCCAAUCGCUCAGACGUGGAAGCCGACUCCUUAGGCAGUCCUGUGGGACUCGUCUGCUCAAAUGCCACCGUAAACAAUCCCUGCGGAAGUUCUCCCAAGCAGGAGGAGGCGAAUGUUCUUAACUUCGCCACCUAUCUAAAGGCAUUCGCCUUGAUUUAUGUCCUGCCAGAAGUGGACUGGACGGCAGAAAAGAUCGACAUGCUGCUGGAGGAGGGCACGGAUUUAUUUCGAGCCAGCUCGGAUGUAAAUCAAGGGCACGACGACCGAGACGAAAACAAACUGCUCGAGCCAGAGAUCUACACCAACGAAGAAAAGCGGAUCAAGAGAAAUUUUAACCUGGAAGGCCACACCUUUACUUUGGCUUUGGAACCCCGCUAUUUGGGGGUAGGAUCAAAGUCCUUUGAGCAGCAGCCCGAGCAUACCAUCAACAAUCUAAGGACUAUUUUACAGAAUUUCUUUAAGUCGAGCCGCUAUUGUCUUCUUCUCACCCGUGUGGGUCACUUGCUAAUCUGGCGGCGUAAAAAGGUUUUUUUCGUACUGGACGUGAAGGGCAGAGGCAAGGACGACCUGGCAACCGUAAAGGAUAACGGAGUGGCAAUGCUAGUGUGUCUGAAGUCCAUUGAUAAUGUUGUCCAUCUGGCCAGCAACUUGAGCGGAAUCUCUCCGCAAGAUGAGUUCAGUAUCCGGGAACUGGUGGUUGUGCGCCUAGAAACCCCCGAUGGACGCAUCUACAUGCGUGACACUAGCCACCGUUCCAUCGAAUUCAAGGUGGUAAACAAGAGUUAUGCCUAUCUGAAAGGCACUUUGCACCUAUCUUUAAACGGAGACGAUCCAGUAAGGAAUCGCAGUAGCCUGAUGGUAGCCGUGGGCUCGGUCCUGGCUAGCAAAAUCGAUCAUCCGGCCAACUGGGACACUAAUAUGCUGGAUCGUUUAAUCAGCUAUGGAGUGGAAUUGUGCAGAAGUUGCUGGUCGGAUUGCUUGAGGGAUCGACGCCCCAUUGACCUGGACACCUUUCCCACCCAACUUAGAAUAGGACAGUUUGUGUUGGAACUCAAGCUGAUUCCGAAUGUGAGAACGGGCCACUGGAAGUGUGGCGUCCGCAUCAUUGGUACCGAAUUCGAAGCUCACGUGUCGGAGGCCCUCAAGGAAUUUCGCAACGUUGUGUUUCAGAUUAAUAAUCAGAUGUAUGCCAUUUGGCUUAAGGAUGGGUUCUAUUACCUCGUCGAUCCCUAUCGCCACACCGUCGUGGGCACCCAUGUGGCGGAGGACAAGGCUGAGGGCGCCAAGUGGGCCACGGUGCGCAUGUUUCGCGACCAGCUGACCAUGCUCAGCGUGUUCCACCAGCUGCUAAAGGAGUCCAACCGGCAGUCUGCCUACUAUGUCCACGUGGUGCGUAUACGUAAUCUCGCCGAGUGUCCAGAGGGAUACGCCCUGGCUCCUUUGCCUGAUGAUAAGGACAACUGGGAGGUGAAUUCCCUGAACGAACCCAUCUUGUUCAAUGAACAACAAGGCGUCAGAGUGUGUAACAAGUCCCUGGCACAUAUCAGCGACUAUGAGGAGGAUGUGGUCAGUCUCACUGCAGAUAAAUUCGACAUUGAUCAUUUCCAAAUCCUUGAUGAGCAACCGGAUGCAGGGGCAGAGUGCGAAUUUUGCGAGGAAGAGUUGGAAAUGCGCACAGAAUCGUUAAAGAGAUCAAUUAAUACGAGAUGUGAACGUCGCAUAACGCCCAGCAAAAAUACUUAUUCGAAAACCACAAUUGCCUCUCCCAAAGGGAAGCAAGACAUAAGGGACACCGCAGGGAAAAUGUUGCUUACAGUCAAUAGGACUGCCAAUAAUGAUACUCCUAGGCUGGAUAAUAAGAGCACGGCAUUUGCUAAGUCUUCUAGACAAACGGGUGACAGACUUUCUUCCCAAAAAUCACAUGGACGUACCAGAUCUAGAGAAAACGUAACAAAUAGGAUUAUAAAAAGAAGUGGGCACCACUUAAAGCAAACUGACCUCGGAAACAAUUCUCCUCCAUCAAAGCCUUCUGUGAAGUCCACACCUUACGUAGGGCCACCUCCUGGCAGGAUUCCGAAAAGAACAAUAAACCCUAUGGAAGUUGGCGGCAGAUCUUCCAUCCGUUCUCCAAACAACACUCUUGUACGUUCCUUAACAAAAGAAGAGGCAUCUCCUGAGGGGACUAUGAAACACAAUAGACAAUUCAAAAGACAAGCUGGAGGCAUGUCUUCUAUAGAUCCUCUUGCCACGUCCCCCAAACGUUCAAAAUCUAGAGAAGGGUAUACUCGUUGUAGAACUGUAAAAAUGAUGAAGUCCUCCAGACAGACUGGGGGCACGGCUGCCAGUUCUCCUCCGGAAGUGUCCUCCCUACAACACAAAUCCAAGGAAAAGGAUACUUCUCCAAAGAUUAUGAUAAAAUCCGUAAAUACUAAGGAAACUGCUUCUCCUGUAAAGCCCCACUUACGUUCCAAGUCAAGGAACAGGUCAUCUGGUAAGUGUUCUUUGCGGGAAACCCCUUCAAAGAGGAUACGUCCCACAGUAUGUGAUUCCACGGGAACAACUAUUUUUGGCACCGACUCCGAGUUAUUAAUCCCCAAGGAAGUCAUUGGUAAACGAACACAGGUGGUCAAUAAGGAAUCAAGCAACAGAAAAGGAGUAACUACCAGCAGGGGAGUAAUGCUCCUACGAAAAGCAAACAUGAAUAAGACCACCACCAUUGAGACAAAAAAAGAAACUCACAUACUCCAGCAAUCCGUGGAUAAGUCUAAUAGUCUGGGAGUGGCUCCUUUGGUCUCAGCCCACUUUAAUACACCGGCUGUCUCCAACUUUGUUCACGAACUAGAACAAAAAGAAGAACCGCCUUCCCCAAAGAUCCCCAGAUUUCCUGGCUUUAGUCGAGUACCCCAGCUCCUGGCCGUGGCUGGAUCCGAGAGUGGAACGGUGGAGAGCCUGAACCGGGUGCUGUGCUCCGCCUUCAAAGUGGCCAACCGGGUGCUUACGAUGACGCCGUGGGGCAACUAUGUGGUCUUCAGGCAUCACCCAACUAACAGGUCGGAGUCGGCGGCCACGUGGUUCUACGUUUUCGAUGGCUGCACUUGCGACAUCGAUCGCUUUCGCCACCUCGAUCUCUCUACGGGAACUGCUGGCUUGAUCGCAUUCCGCAAGCAGUCCGAAGUUGUGUGCCACAUUAUCGAUUCGCGAGAGGAGAAGGCACUCCAGAUGCUUCGCUCCGGUCAGGACGCUCCGCCCCAUAAGAGGAUGCAAAGACUGUUGGCUUGUUGACACUAGAAAGUAUCGCCUUUAGACAAAAUUAAAUUUGUAGUGAACUAAACAAAUUUAGAAGGAAAUAAUGGCAAAUAUAAAUUUGAUUUUGAAAUCUUA